CACCCACCAUCCCCUAACCCCUGACCACCCCCCCGCCUCCGCACCCGCCUCCGGUUGCCUCCUCCCCUCUCGGCGGGCGGCGGCAGCAGCGGCGGCAGAGUCAGCAGACCUCGCCGGGAAGCUAAAGCCCUAAAGCUCGCGGAAGGGUUUAUCGCAACGGGCGAUGGCGGCGGCGGAGCAGAAGGGGAAGAAGCCGAGGACCGACGGCGCGGAGGCCGAGCCCGUCGACGCCGCCCUGCUGCAGUCCAUCGAGAAGCUCCAGGAGAUCCAGGACGAGAUCGAGAAGGUUAAUGAGGAAGCAUGUGAUAAAGUUCUGGAGUUGGAACAGAAAUACAACGAGGUUCGCAGACCAGUUUAUGUUCGACGGAAUAAAAUUAUCAAGCAAAUUCCUGACUUCUGGCUGACAGCGUUUCUUAGCCAUCCUAUGCUUGGUGAACUAUUAACUGAAGAUGAUCAAAAGAUUUUCAAACACUUGGAGUCUAUCGACGUGGAUGACUCAGAAGAUAUCAAAUCAGGCUACUCCAUUACUCUCACAUUCUCCCCCAAUCCAUAUUUUGAAGAUACAAAGCUUACAAAAACAUAUUCCUUUAGUGACGAUGAAGCAGUCAAAGUAAAGGCUACCUCCAUCAGGUGGAAGAAAGGAAUGGAUAUUGCCAAUGAUCGUGCGUACACGAAGAAAGGGGACAAGCGAAUCUUAAUUGAUGAAAGUUUCUUUACUUGGUUCAAUAGUGAAAAGAACAGAAGUUUUGCUCAUGGAGCUAUGGAUGAGGUGGCAGAUGUCAUCAAGGAAGAUCUGUGGCCUAAUCCUUUGAAGUACUUCAACAAUGAAUUUGAAGAAGAAUUAGAGCUACUGGAUGACGAUGACGAGGUAUCUGAUGAUGACGAUGAGGAGGAGGAUGAUGAAGACCAAGGUGAAGGAGAGGAGGAUGGAGAGGAGAACUGAGCUCUCUGUCAUGUCAGAUUCUUUUGGCCUGGACAACUUAUGUCUGCAGAAAGCGGAGACCGGGCCUCCUGGAGGGCUGAAACAGCAGGGCGUCCCCUUUUGCGGCGUUGUGGUGCUCGACUUAGCUGGCAGUGUAGGGACUUGCUCCGAAAAACUUUGUUCUAUGGAGAAAUAACUCGAGUUCAAUAGAUGAUUUUGUUGCAUGCGCGAUCGAAAUGUUGCGUGUUGUUUGGAAGUGUUAUUUACCUUGCCGUUGGAUUAGUGUUUAUAACGCUAUUAUAUAUAGAGAAUGAUCAAAUUAAAUUUUGCAGCC